AUGGAUGAGAUUGCAAAGGAAUACGAUGUCAUCGUGCUGGGCACUGGCCUGACUGAGUGUGUUCUCUCUGGUGUUCUCAGUGUGAAGGGCAAGAAGGUCCUCCACAUUGACCGCAACGACCACUAUGGCGGUGAGGCAGCUUCAGUUAACCUCGAGACGCUCUACAAGAAGUAUGGCAACUACGCAAAGGGCGAGGAGCCCUGGACGAAGUAUGGCCGUCUGAAUGACUGGAACAUCGAUCUUGUGCCCAAGUUCCUCAUGUCCGCGGGCGAGUUGACAAACAUUCUCGUCUCGACCGACGUGACACGAUACCUCGAGUUCAAGCAGGUCGCGGGCAGCUACGUUCAGCAGGGCCAGAGCUCCAAGGCUACUGUUGCCAAGGUUCCCUCCGAUGCCGGCGAGGCUCUGCGUUCGCCCUUGAUGGGCAUCUUCGAGAAGCGCCGCAUGAAGAGCUUCAUCGAGUGGAUCGGCACCUUUGACCGCAAGGACCCCGGCACACACAAGGGCCUCGACAUCAACAAGGUCACCAUGAAGGAGGUUUACGACAAGUUUGGCCUCGAGACCGGUACCCGUGACUUCAUCGGCCACGCCAUGGCUCUCUUCACCACCGACGAGUACCUCACCAAGCCCGGUGGCGCCCCGGAGGCCAUUGAGCGCAUCCGCCUGUAUGGAACCUCUGUGUCCCGCUACGGCAAGUCUCCUUACAUCUACCCUCUCUACGGUCUCGGCGAGCUUCCCCAGGGCUUCGCCCGCCUGUCGGCCAUCUACGGCGGUACCUACAUGCUCAACACGAACGUCGACGAGGUGCAGUACGAGGGCGGCAAGGCUGUCGGUAUCAAGGCCACUAUGACUGGCGUUGAGGAGAUGAAGUUCGAGACCAAGGCCAAGAUGAUCCUUGGUGACCCCAGCUACUUCCCCGGAAAGGUCAAGGUUGUCGGACAGGUUCUGCGCGCCAUCUGCAUCCUGAAGCACCCCCUGGCCGGCACCAACGACGCCGACUCUUCCCAGCUCAUCAUUCCCCAAUCCCAGAUUGGCCGCAAGAACGAUAUCUACAUCGCUUGCGUCUCAUCGGCACACAACGUUUGCCCCAAGGGCUACUGGAUUGCCAUCGUCUCAACCAUUGCCGAGUCGAACGCUAACCAUCACGUCGAGCUUCAGCCCGGUCUGGAGCGCCUCGGCAAGAUUGAGGAGCAGUUCAUGGGCGCCCCGAUCCCCAUCUACGAGCCCACGGACGACGGUACCGGCGACAACGUCUUCGUCUCCAAGAGCUACGACGCCAGCAGUCACUUCGAGAGCACGACCGACGACGUCAAGGAUAUCUACCGCCGCGCCACUGGCGAGGAGCUCAAGGUUGAGGGUCUGAGAGAGGGCCUGCAAGUUGCGGAUGAGCAGUAA